UCAUCCCAUACGUCAUAUUUAGACAUGUGUGUAUCAAAAAUGGUGCCCGUUUACCAGCUGGCACUUAUUUUAUAAAUCAUUGAAAAAAUAUCUUUUGUGUAAACGUGUGGUGUUAUGGCGUCUAUUUUGGAUUUAAUUAAACAUUACCAGCAUUCAAUUGAAAAAUACCCAAAUGAUGAACAAAAAGUUUUAAAAUGUAUAGAUAAACUAUACAACUUAGGGGUGACGGUCCAACACCUACAAGAGACAGGUGUUGGUCGUACUGUCAAUGCUUUACGCAAGGAGCCUGGUGAUGUAGGGCAGGCGGCGAGAGCCCUCGUGUAUAAAUGGAAGGUGAUGGUAGCAGCUGAAGAAAGUGAUCAAGAGGAAAACAUUGAUGAUGACACCACAAACCACAAUGGAUAUGAUAAUAGGAGAGAUUACGACAGUAAUCCAUCAGAGUCUCGAAAUAGACAUGACAAGCAAGAGAAAUAUGAUAGAAAACAAAAAACCGAGGAAAAGCACCAUACACAGUCAAAUGGAGAUCACAGUGGGAAUAAGAGAAAAUAUCACAGCAGUGAGGAAGAAGAUCAUGAUAUAAAAAAAGUAAAACAUUCAAGUACAAAAGAUAACAAAUACACAAAACCUGAAGUGCGAGUAAAACAAGAACCAUCUGAUAGUGAAAUAGACAGUCAAGAUGAUACUUCAAGUGAAAGUGACAGUGAAGGCUCACAGUCUUCUGAGGAAGAAAGAAAACCAGAUAUUAAAGUAAAAGUAGAGAAAAUCGAAAAAACUGAAAGGCAUGGUUCAUCUUCCACUAAACAGUCCUCUCGCAGUAAUAAUGAUGCGCAUAAAUAUGAAUCUAGUUCUGAAAGUGGACAAGAACGGUACAAAAAUAACACGUCAGAGACAAAACAUUCUUCUGAAAAAUCGUCAUAUCAUAAACCAAAUAAUUCCGAUUCACACAAAAGUUCCAAAGAAGUGGAUAUGUCUAUUGUGAAAAAAGAAAAAGAAUACAGGCUAGAGAAAGAAAGAAGUCACAGUGAAGAUUCAUCAAACAGACAUAAGUCUAGAAAAGAGCCUGAGCAACAAAAAACGAGUAGUAGUUUAGAAAAACAUAAACAUAGUAGUAGUUCCGAAAAACAUAAGUCUAGUGGUAGUUCUGAAAAACAUAAAUCUAGUAGUAGUUCUGAAAAACAUAAGUCUAGUAGUAGUUCUGAAAAACAUAAGUCUAGUAGUAGUUCUGAAAAAUACAAGUCCAGUAGUAGUUCAGAAAAACAUAAAUCCAGUUCUUCGGAAAAACAUAGAACACAACCAGAAAAAAGUUCAAGCAGCACUGACAAACAUAGUUCUAGUAAAUCUGAUAAAGACAAAUACAAAAGCUCAUCAGAAAAAGAGAUCUCAAGUGAUAAGCAUAAGUCAAAAGAAAUAAGUGCUAGCAGCAGUAGUAGUAAAGAUAAGCAUAGUUCAUCGAGUAAAGAAAAAUCAAAAGACAAGUCUAGUUCCUCUAAAGAGAAAGAAAGCAGUCAUAAAAGUGAUAAAAAACAUUCUUCAUCAUAUGAUGCAGCUGUAAAAACUAGUGACAGCAAAAGAAAGUCUGAUAGUAACCAUGAUGAGGCAAGUAGUAAGAAAAGUAAACAUAAAUCGAGUAGUUCUAGUUCUAGCAAAUCCAGCAGCAAAUCAAAAGAUGAUAUACCAAAGACAAAAUCUAAAACGAAUGGUGAACAUGUGAACAGUGAUGAUGGCAUUGACUGUGGUUCAGGUGCCAGUUUCGCGGAAGCUCUGGGCAUGAUAAGUCCAGCUAAAUCCAAAAAGAAAUCUUUUACUAGAGAUAGUACACAAUCACCUAAUUCAUGUAACGAAGAUCUAAGCCCCGCGACGCUUUUAGCGCCAACCGCUAAGCUGGCGCCGCUGCCCGCGCUCGAAAUAUCAGCUUUACCAGAAAUAUCGCCCAACUACCGGCCGCGCCCGCCGCCCAAGUGUCUGCCACACUUCACGGACGAGCACGCUAUGAGCGCUGCCAUAUCCUCCAAGAACCAAAGAACAAAAGUUUACUCUGGCAACAAAGUGAUGGGAAAAAUUACAUCUUUGUAUGAAAUGUGUGUACAAAUCCUUCAAGAACAUAUUGACGCUCUUGAAUAUACGGGUGGUGUUCCAUACGAGAUAUUGAAGCCAGUGGUAGACAAAGCGACCCCGCAACAGCUGUUCAUGUUGGAGCACUACAACCCUUAUCUCAUGGAGGACACUGAUCAUUUGUGGCAGAAGUUUUGCGAGAAAAGCUUCAGAAAUAAGAAACGACAAGAGUACGAAAGCUGGAGAGAAAUGUACAUACGGUGCCAAGAAGAACAAGAAAUAAGAUUGAAAUCUCUCACAAACAACAUAAAGAUUGCUCAAGAGGCUAAGAAGGCACCAAUCAAACAAACCAAAAUGGCGUACGUGGACUCCGUGGUGAAACCGCCGAGAAACAUUCUGAAGAAACAAGCCCAACACGGGACAGCAUUCGCAGCGACUGCCAGCCCGGCAGCGCGCGUGGCCGCCCUAGCCGCCGCGCCCAACGUGCUGAAGGGCGGGCGGGCGGCCCCCGCGCCCGUCCUCACGCCCUCCUCCUCCGCCCUUAAGCCCAAAAAGGCGCCCCUCAUGCAGAAGGCUCUCCAGUUCAUGCGCGGACGGAAACGAUGAUAAACGGUGACAUAUAUCACGAGCAUAACUGUAAAUGUUUUAAUUUGUAAUGACGUAGAGUAACAAAUUCACUUAAUAGUAGAGGAGCCGAAGAGGGGAUUUUUGCAGUUACUCGAGCGCGGCAGAUAAACAUAAGGGACUAUACCUUACACUUUGUCGAGUACCUCCACCGAGUAUGAGCCCUUAAUAUUGGUGGGUACGUUUAGGGCAACCAAAAAAAAACUAACUUCAUAAAUACUCAACCAGUACGUCAGAUAAAGAUAAGGUAGGUGAGUUGAUAGCUAAAAACUGCACAUUUCGAAAAUCUGACGAUUUGAGCAUAACGUAAUGGAAUGGGAGGGUUUCAAAGUUACAAAAUUAAACCCUUAUAUUUUAGGGCUCGAGGUACGAGUGCGAUUAAUUUUUUACUUAUUUUUAAGGAAAUAAUCUCCUAAUUAAUCGCUAAAAUUUUCUUACAAUUUCAGUAAGCCAAAGUAAUAAAAAUUGUUUUUAAAGUCUGUAGUUUUUUUUUCCACCGCUGAAAGCGGAAAAAGUAAAUAACCAUUUAUUCUUCCUAUAAUUUAAUCUACCAAAUGUAAUCGGUCUCAAUGACGCUCGAGUAACUGCAAAUUUAGCAUCCCGGGCUCCCCUACUAUAAGGCCAGUUUCUUCAUCGCAAGUAACAGUCAAAGUAACGUCAUUAAUCAAAAGUGACGGUCUUGUUCACUGAAAAAUAAAGUCUUCUUUACUACUUACUACUUUUACUAUUACUUUAGCUUUACAUGAAGAAACUGGCUGUUAAUGUAUAACUUUUUUUUUUUUUAUCAAAUUCGAAAUUCAAAUUUCAUUUAUUUCAAUUGGGCUUAAUUUACAAGCACUUUUGAAAAGUCAAAUAAUGUCAUGAUUUAAUGGUGGUAAUUGAAGUCGAAAACUUAAAAUUAAAGUUACGAGGGUUCCAAACGCGCCUUGGUCCGAGAAGUAUAGUAUAGUUAUUCUAUAUCAGUGGACCAUGGGCGAAGCCAGGAUUCUAUCUAAUUGAUACUGUAACUAGUUUUACGCCUGAAACCGAAAUCUAAUUUCAGUUUCAGCCUUAGUAUCGUACGUAACCGAAACAUCCAAUUUCGAAAAAUCCAAAUUACUGUUAAGUAUAUGAAUGAACUUUAAAUUUAUUUCACCUAAAUGGUUUUUUCUAAAUGAACAUAAUAUUAUGAACACACUUGACAAUGAAGUUAAAAUACACAAAUAUGUGUUUAUAUUUCACAGGAAAUAGUGUCAUUCAUACCCAAAAUAAAGUAAAAAAUAUUGUCUAUUGGCAGGGUAUAAAGCUCAGAAUACAGAAAACACCAGAAUCCACGUUCAGCCGUCAUUUUAAAGGACAUAUUGUGUCCAAAAAUUGUAUGUUAUACAACAUGGCAUACAAAGAAUGAGUAAUUGUUUAUUCGUGAAAUUACACUGAAAAGAAGAGUAAUUUCAACCUUCUGGUGUUUUCUUUAUUCUGAGGGUAUAUUUCUUUUUGAAAUUACACUGAAAAAGAGUAUUGUCAACGUCUUCAUACCUUUUGGUGUUUUCUUUAUUGUGAGGGUAUAUAUUUUUUUAUAUUUUGGUAUAUAUUUUGUUAGAACCAUCUUUAGGUGGUAUUUCAAAUAAUUGUAACAAAUAAGGACCAUAAUGCACCAGUGAUUUGAUAUUGACAAUUUUUGUAUGGAUUGGUGUGUUUUGAUGGUUUACUUCAUACUUAUAAACAAGCAAUAACUCUUAGUUACAUACGCUUAAAAUGUAUAUUAGUGAUUAGUGUUAUUUGUACUAUGUUUUCUAAAAUUCCCCCGCGAAUUUUCCGUAAUGGUGGAAAUACGGGGAUAAAAAUAUAUAGUCUGCAGUCAUGCAGUCUUCCUGUGGUGAAGGAAUUUUUGAAGUUUAUUCGUAACAAACGAAAAAUCAAAUCUUACCUCUUUAAAAUAUUAGUUUCGAUAUCACAUCCCACUAAUAUUAUAAAGGCGAAAGUUUGUGUGUAAGUCUGUAUGUGUUUACUCCUUUACGCCGAAGUUAUUGAACCAAUUUGGCUCAAAUUUGGAAUGGAAAUGGAAUAAAAAGUAGACAUGGUAAUUUUACCAUGGAUUAACACAGAGUCUACUUUUUAUCUAUGCUACCGGAAAAUCAUGGGAAUUAUCGCGCAUGCGGGAUUUCUCUAGUAAUCUAUAAACUUUAAAAUCACUAGUGGUGACUUGCAUACUCAUUAACUAUUAUCAAACCUUAAACUUAAUCCUUACUUAUACAUAUUAUAAAUGUGAAAGUAAAUUUGUGUAAAGACUUCAAGUUUUAACAACAUUUCAUGCUGACACAACCAGUCAAUAUGAAAUUUUGUAUAAAAAAUUUCAAGGAAACGGAAUUUUAAGAAGACAGUUUAGCUUGUAAAUAACAUACACGCAGGUAAAGCUGCGGGUAAAAGCUAGUAACAUAUAAAUUAUACCAUUGCUAAUAAAACAAAUAAAAAGAUCUACAUGGUAGAAAGUUUUAAAUAAAACAAUGAUUUCUUUCUUCUAUACCUUUUUAAUGUACUGCAGUACUAGAAUGUAAAAUAAUAUAGAUCUUGUAAAUAUGGAUGUCCUAGAUAUAGAGGUAAGAGGUAACAAUUACAAUAUUUUCAUAAUUAAGAAUGGUUGAAAAUUUUUGUUCCUGUGUGAAACCAAAAAAAAAUGUGAAUGUACCAGAAAUUUUUAAAAUAUGAACAAAAGGUCACUCUAAAAAAUCAAACAAAUUUUAAAUGUGUCUAGAUUUUAGUGAUAUAAAAAUUCAUGUAAAAUACAUAGUCAUCAUCAACAUUAUUAAUAAAUAAUAUUUAUAAUUAUUAUUAUUAUUGAUAACAUUUUUGGUAUUUAUGUAAUUGUGGAGUCUAUUUUUUUUAAAUACUUAUAGUAGGUACUUUUAAAAUCAAUCAUACUAUUCUAUUGAUAUUGCUGUGAUUAUUUCUGAACUAAUAUUAUUAAUAUUUUAUACUAUUUGCAUGGCAUUCAAAUGUGUGACAAUUCUACAAAAAAAAUAAUAAUUAGUAUACAAUUAUCAAAUUUUGAUUUAAAUCUGUUCAAUAAAAAUUUUUGAAUUUAAUCCAGUCACAUUCACAGAUUUGAAUGCCCUUCAAAUCUUUUAGUCUAUGAUCCGGCAUUAGAAAUAUAUAUUCCUUAUGCUGGAUCUCAUACUAUUUACACUUACAGAAAUGAUUGUCUCACUUAUUUUACUACACACUAGGUAUAAUUAACACUUAUGGGAUAAUAAACAUCACAUUAUUAGUAAUAUGAAAUAAAUAGCACUAUCUUUUUCAAUUACUUAUUAUAAAUUAUACAUAUGUUGAUAUUUCUUUUAGCUAAAGAAAUAAUAAAAAUGAAAUUUUCA